UUUAGGCGCCAGUUCAUCAGCAGAGCAGACAUUUUCUACUUCUUCAGCUCCGCCGGGGAGCACAUCGGAGCUUUACCACUGAUUUAUUUUAUUUUUUCUGGCCGGAGACGGCGAAGACGAUGCCAGGUCCCGCCUUAGAGAUGGAGCCAGUUGAACCACAGUCAUUGAAGAAGCUUAGCUUCAAAUCUCUCAAAAGAGCCCUAGACCUUUUCUCUCCGGUCCACGGCCAUGUCGCUCCUCUCGAUCCCGAAAGCAAAAAAAUUCGUAUCAGUCAUAAGAUAAGUGUUGAGUACGGAGGAAUGAAGAACAUCGGUACUAAGCCUACUGGCCAGGCAAGUUCCGCUCCCGAUAGUGCUAUUGGAACUCCAGCGCCUUCCAAUGCUCUCGCACUUCCUGGUCCGACUGAUUCUAGGGAUGUGAAGUCUGGGGCACAAAAUGCAGUGGUUAUUGGUCCAACCGUGCAGCCAAACACACAAAAUGACGCUGGUCUUCAGGGAAGAAGCUCAGCUAUUGUUUCGGCAUCUGGUUCAUCUGAAAGGAUGUCUACUUCUGCAAUUAUGGAAAGAAUUCCAAGCAAGUGGCCACGUCCGGUUUGGCAUGCUCCAUGGAGAAAUUAUAGGGUCAUAAGUGGUCACUUAGGGUGGGUAAGAUCAGUUGCAUUUGAUCCCAGUAACACAUGGUUUUGUACGGGUUCAGCAGAUCGUACAAUCAAGAUUUGGGAUGUUGCAAGUGGAAAGUUAAAACUCACAUUGACAGGCCACAUUGAGCAAGUACGAGGUCUUGCUGUCAGCGACAGGCAUACCUACAUGUUUUCAGCUGGUGAUGACAAACAAGUUAAAUGCUGGGACUUGGAACAGAAUAAGGUCAUUCGUCAUUACCAUGGUCAUCUGAGUGGUGUUUACUGUUUGGCUCUUCAUCCAACAAUAGAUGUUUUGCUUACUGGAGGACGUGAUUCUGUCUGCCGGGUGUGGGACAUUCGAAGUAAGAUGCAAAUUCAUGCGCUCUCUGGACAUGAUAACACAGUUUGCUCAGUUUUUACUCGACCUACGGACCCACAAGUUGUGACUGGCUCCCAUGACACAACUAUCAAGUUUUGGGACCUCAGAUAUGGAAAGACCAUGACAACACUGACAUACCAUAAGAAAUCUGUUCGGGCGAUGGCAUUGCAUCCUAAAGAACACAGUUUUGCAUCUGCCUCAGCUGACAACAUCAAGAAAUUUAACCUCCCUAGAGGGGAGUUUGUGCACAAUAUGCUUUCUCAGCAGAAGACUAUAAUAAAUGCAAUGGCUGUCAAUGAGGAGGGUGUUAUGGUGACUGGAGGUGACAAUGGUAGCUUAUGGUUCUGGGAUUGGAAGAGUGGUCAUAACUUUCAGCAAUCCCAAACAAUUGUACAACCUGGGUCGUUGGAUAGCGAAGCUGGUAUCUAUGCCCUUUCUUAUGACAUAACUGGUUCAAGGCUCGUAACUUGUGAAGCUGACAAAACGAUUAAAAUGUGGAAAGAGGAUGAAAAUGCUACCCCCGAAACUCAUCCUCUCAACUUCAAGCCACCCAAAGAUAUCCGAAGAUUUUAGACCCUCGACACGAACACUUGAUUUUGUUUUGGAUGAUAUUUUACACGCUCAGGCAUGUUCGGGGUUUGAUUGGCUGUAACGAGGAGUGUUGGAUGAGGGAUUAAUGAUAGGAACAAAAAUGAGAUCCUAAAUUAAUUAAUUCGAGUUGCCAACCCAACUAACCCGAAAAUAUGGGUUGGGUUGAGAAUGUCUCCCAAUCCGACCCAACCCAUUUACACCCCUAUUUGCAAGGGACUGUUUGGAGGUGUAAUUAGGAUUUUGUUAGAUAAGGAGUUAAAGGAGGAACGAAAAUGAGAUCAAGUGGAUUGAGUUGUAAAAUAUGGAAAUGAAAUGAGUUUUGUAUUACAAAUCAAUUCAAAACGAACAAUCUAAUAAAUAGGAUUUGGAUUGCAUUACAAUUUCA